AGCUUCUAGAUCACACGUUUCAUCAUUUUAUUAGCUCGCUGUAGAAAAAUCGUUCGACGUUUAAAGCCAAAAGGCGUAUGUAAACCUCCGGUGAUUACUUCUUGGAAUUCGCUUUCAUUGUUGAGCGAUCAAUGGGCAUUGAGAACGCGUGCAUUGCAGUCUCUUCUGGAAUGUACUUCUGCUGAGUCCCUCCCUCCCUCCCUCCCUCCAUGCAUACAGCAUAUAUAUAAAGCUGAGUUUGUAUGUACGUUCAGAUAGUUGAAUUUGGGAGGUAAUUUCUUCAAGUGGUCAGAGGUAUUAUAAAAGUUAAUUGUCUGGCAGUCCUCGAGCCUGCAAAGAUGACUGUUACACCAAGUAUCUCUAUCAAUGAUGGAAAACUUGCGGUUCAUGGGAAAACGAUACUCACUGGGGUGCCAGACAACAUUGUGCUGACUCACGGUUCAGGUGUGGGGCUUGUUGCUGGUGCAUUCAUUGGUGCUACUGCUUCACAAAGCAAGAGCCUGCAUGUCUUCCCUGUUGGUGUCUUAGAGGAUGUCCGCUUCAUGUGUUUGUUCCGUUUCAAGCUCUGGUGGAUGACACAGAGGAUGGGAACCUGUGGAAAGGAUGUUCCCCUGGAGACCCAAUUCAUGCUUGUGGAGAGCAAAGAAACAACUGAAAAUGAGCAUGACUAUACCCCAACCAUCUAUACUGUCUUCUUGCCUCUCCUUGAAGGCCAAUUCCGGGCCGUUCUUCAAGGCAAUGAGAAUAAUGAGCUGGAGAUCUGCCUUGAGAGUGGUGAGUAGCUAAUGGCAUGUUACUAAUGUAAUAGAGAAGAACUAUCUUUUUCUCUGGUUCUGUUGCUAUUGGGGGCUUUACGCAAU